UGGACCGAUUUCCGUCCAGGCAGGGGCAGGACGCAAUCCGCUUCCGUACGACGCGUGAUCGACUGUCAAAAUUACGAUUUUGCCUCACUCGUACAUAGAGCACAUGGCGGGAUUUUCAUUGGUGCUUGACACUCGAAAAGCGUACAACCCUCUAAAACGCCACCUCACCUCUCUUCUCCUCUUGUAGAAGGAAACGGCUCUCUCCUAAAAGAGCACAGAAAAAUCAAAUCACAUGUAAGGGGAUCUCUCUCAUGAUUCCUCUCUUCGGACGAGCUGCUGCAUUCCUCUGUUAUUCUUUACCAUCAUUACUCCAAGAGAAAGUUUUGACAGUUGACAUCGUGGCUCGGAAAUAUGCUCAAAGUUGCAAGCCCAACCCUUCACUCAUCAUCUUGGGGUCACAAAUUAGAAAAUAUAUUGGUUGGCGUGCCAGGGCAUACAAAGGUAGUUUGUGUGUAUAAUGGACCGUGGUUUUUUUCCAUCCUCUUACAUUUUGGACUCAACUCUUAGGCAGAUCCUUGCUUCGAUCAAACCAUUGGAAGCGGAUCGGGUGAGACGAAAUAAUGUCAUCAAUGAAUUUAUAGCCGUUGUUGGAUGUGUGGAAAGCUUGAGAGGUGCUACUGUUGAGCCAUUCGGAUCUUUUGUUUCUAAUCUCUACACAAAAUGGGGGGACUUGGAUAUUUCUAUCGAGCUACCCAAUGGUUCACUUGUUUCGUCUGUUGGUAAAAGACGUAAGCAGAAUUUACUAAGGGAUGUAGCUAGAGCUCUACGUAGGACAGGUCGAGGUCAUAACUUGCAACUCAUUCCAAAUGCGAGGGUUCCUCUACUUAUAUUUCAGACCAGCCACCCGUUCAUUUCAUGUGAUAUCUCAAUCAGUAAUCUUCUUGGUCAAAUCAAGUCCAAAAUCCUGUUGUGGAUCACUGAGAUAGAUGAGCGUUUCCGUGAUAUGGUUUUACUGAUCAAGGAAUGGGCCAAAGCACAACAUAUCAAUGAUCCAAAGACUGGAACUUUGAAUUCAUAUUCUCUUUGUUUACUGGUUAUAUUCCAUUUUCAGACAUGCACCCCUCCGAUUUUACCUCCUCUGAAGGACAUAUACGCGGGAAAUAUUGUCAAUGAUCUUACAGGGAUGAGGUCCGUUGUUGAGAGACGUAUACAAGACACGUGUACUGCGAACAUAAGAAGGUUUAGAUUCAUAGGCUUCAGACAAGUAAACAGAAGCUCUCUGUCUGAACUUUUAAUUUCAUUCUUUGAAAAGUUUUCUACAAUCGACGUCCGUGCUGCGGGUUAUGCAAUUUGCACAUAUACUGGGCAAUGGGAACCCAUAAUGAGCCAUGACAAAUGGAUGCAGAAACCCUACAAACUAUUUAUUGAAGAUCCUUUUGAGCAGCCAGAAAAUUCUGCAAGGGCUGUUGGCACAAACCAGUUAAUUGAGAUAUCUGAAGCAUUUCAGAGAACGUACCAUCUGCUUUCAAGUGCAUCGUUGGACAGAAAUUUUCUGAUCGCAAAUCUAGUUAGACCCAAUAUCAGUUCAAUGCUUGGAGGCACCGGUCAUCAUCCACAGUUGGCCAAUUCAGCCACCACGCAAAACCAACAUCGUAUGCAGCAUAAUUUGCGGCUUGAAAACCGUCCAACUUCUUCUACCACAGUACAAAGACCUGCUGGAGUUUACUCGCCAGCCCGGCGUGUACAACGGUGGAGACCAAGUAACUAAGAGAUGGCAGAACUGAUUCCAGGGCCUGUUUGGUUAGCUGUAAAUGCAUGCAAAAUGGUGGUAAAAUAGUAAUUAUGGCAAGUGUUUGCUGUUUGCUUUAAAGUCCAAAAUUUACCUCGGAAAUCAAGCUAAACUCAACCUUUGACAGGUGGACCACACCAUGAUGUGUGUGUUUCAUCCACGCAGUCCAUUCAUUUUUUCAGAUCAUUUUAGGGCAAGAACCCAAAGAUGAGGCAGAUCCAAAACUCAAGCAAAACAAUGGAAAUUGAAUGUCUACCAUUGAAAACUUCUUGUGGCUACAGAAGUUUUGGAUCUGCGUCAUUUUUUGGCUUAUGCCCUAAAAUGAUCUUGCAAAAUGAAUGGACGGUGUGGAUGAAACGCACGCAUUAUGGUGCGGCCACAGAGUUUAGGUGAGGCAGCCGAGCCUUCUUUUCAAGAACACUUGUCAACGUCUUUACUCAUAGCAAAUACCGAAGCAAGUCAUGAUUACUUAUUUACCACCAGUUACAUGCAUUUAUGGGUAAGCAAACAGGCCCUAGAAAAUUUAUGUGGCCAGGUAUUUGUUGCCUUGAUACUCCAUUUUUCGUUUCUGGUUUGCAUCUUUUAUUUUUCUUCUUCUUUUUCCCUGUUCAAGCUGAAUGCCUACUACCAUGGCACAAGUAUAUUUGGCUGAUAGAAUGAAAAGUUCUCCGCCUGGGUAUCAUGAUAGGAUGGGUGGAGUUCUCCUUUUCUUCCUGUAUAAACUUCCUGUAUAGAGUAAUAUUUCUGCACUUAGCCGGUGUGAGGUAAUGGAAGAAGGAACUAUCUUUUCUUGAAAUGAUACUCUCGCAGGCA